AUGUCCUCCCGAGAAUAUGUGGUAUCAUUUUGUAUACGACUAGCUGCGUCCGCUGCACUGACGUACAUUACGCUUCGGUAUAUGAUGCGCUUCCUGGACCCAAAUUAUGACACGAAAGAAGACAUUAAACGAAAGGCUAAAAAGUUACUGUUGUCGCUUGGGUUAGAUCCGUCAAUUGUUCUUACAGAACACGAAUUACGUAUUGCUACACAAUUUGUGACCUCCAACGAAGGGGCUGAAUGGUCAGACUUGGGUGGUUGUGAUGACCUUAUUGAAGAGUUGAAGGAUAGAGUCAUUUUGCCUCUAAAAAUUCGUCAUGAACAUGAAGAUUUGGCCAUGUCGUGCAACCUUUUGUCUCCACCUAAAGGGGUCUUGUUGUAUGGUCCUCCUGGAUGUGGGAAAACUUUGCUUGCAAAAGCUAUUGCCCGAGCAGCAAAAGCAAGAUUUAUUAAUUUACGAAUUUCGAUACUGACUGAUAAGUGGUACGGUGAGUCUCAAAAACUCGCUGCUGCUGUAUUUUCGCUGGCCGAAAAGUUUCAACCCACUAUUAUAUUCAUCGACGAGAUAGAUUCAUUUUUGCGUGAUAGACAAGCACAGGAUCAUGAGGCAACAGCCAUGAUGAAAGCGGAGUUCAUGAGCCUUUGGGACGGUUUCGCAUCUUCAGAUAACGCAAUUAUUGUAAUGGGGGCGACAAAUAGGCCGUAUGAUGUUGACAAAGCCAUUCUGCGACGGAUGCCUGCGAGAUUCUUUGUUCCUUUGCCUUGUGCUGAAGCAAGAGCUGAUAUUCUUCGUGUAAUAUUGCGUGAUGAGCCUCUCGAUGCGAACAUUGAUUUUAAAAAAGUUGCUGAAGCCGCAGGGCAUUUGAGCGGGUCAGAUUUAAAAGAAGUCUGUCGGCUGGCCGUCUUAAGUAGGGUGAAGAAGGUUGUCGAAGACGGAAAUAGCUUGUAUGACGAUACGGCACGUAUUUUACGUGAAGAGGAUUUGUUGGAAUCUAUACGGAAAUACGGGGAAACUGCUUUUCUUACUUCAAAUUCUAUGUUUGUUCCAGAAUCAUUGGAUUAA